AUAAUUCAAACCCUGCUCGAACAUGGUGCUGAUAUCUCCCAAAAAGAUAACCACGGUGAAACAGCUCUCCAUUACGCAGCAAGAGGAAGGGAUAUAUUCAUAGUUCAAACACUGCUUGAAGGUGGUGCAGAUACCUCUCAGAAAGAUAAGCAUGGUGAAACAGCGCUUCACUAUGCA